CUCAUUGGCUAAUGUUGGCCAAGAGAAUCUGCGCAUGCUCCGAGGAAAAGUGCAAGGUGAGGAGGACUGUGAGCAUUCCUCCAACAGACCCCUGAAGAUGCCCACCAGGAGGCAAUGGGCAGGUGCAACGAGAACAUCAGCUGCUGACACCAGCCUCUAGUACUAACCCAGUCUUACUCAUGCAUGUGAAUAUUUAUAUUCUUUAAUCCAAUGAAAAUGUAUGUUCACACUCGAUAGUUUUUUGGUAAAAUGUGUUGUGGGUGUGCAGUCUUUGUGGCGAAAUCCCUUUGCACCCUGGCACCAGAGGAGUCUGUUUUCCGCAAAUCAAUUGUUUUAGCCAAAGCCCUCGUAGCAAAUUCAGUCAUCUUCCCAGCAGAAUUCCCAGCUUUUGAAGCAGUCAACACAAAACUAGUUAGGGCAGAACUUCAUGAUGUCCUGGAAGAAUAUAAAGAAGGAGCUGCAAAAUUCAUAGGUAUGCCAGACACAGUGCUGUACUGCUCCCUUCAUGACCCGGUCACUCCCUGCCCGUCUGGCUACAACACUAACAAGGCAGUGUCCCUGUGGGGAAACUCAGGGCGUAUGGAAAUGACAGCUUCCAAGUUCAUGGACAUACAGCGGGCCAUCCAGCCAGACUGGUUCCAGUGCAUCUCUGAUGGAGACACCAUCUCAGGGGAAGCUGGUAGAAAAAGGGCCAAGAAGUCUGUGGAUAGGUCACUUUCCUUCCUGGAUGUAUGCCUUCAGCUGCUAGAAAAAUCACCGGAACUACAAGGAAGUGUAAUGUUUGGGGCAAUUGAAGGUGGAGAUAUCUUGGAAGAGAGGCUCAGAUCAGCCAGAGAGACUGCCAAGCGACCUGUGGGUGGCUUUCUGCUAGAUGGCUUCCAGGGCUGUGCCAUGGCCAGGGAGACCAAGUUGAAACUGAUAGCUUCUGUCACAGCAGAGCUGCCAGAGGAUAAACCAAGAAUCAUCCACGGUGUAGGCAAACCAGAUGAGGUGCUUGAGUGCAUUGAAAGGGGAGUAGACAUUUUUGAGAGCUUCUUUCCCUUCCAAGUGACAGAGCGAGGCUGUGCCUUGGUUUUCAGUUAUGACUGCCAUCCAGAUCCUGAAGCAGCAGUUUUAGAACAAAAUGGGGCCCAGGACCUGGAGAGGAAUGGUGCUGAAGACAACCGGGAUGAAAUCUCCAAAGCUGACCCAGAAAUGACACCAUUUGAGAUAUUUCUGAAGGACAAAAGGUACCAUGAUGAUUUUGGUCCUGUGCUGGAAGGAUGCACCUGUUACUGCUGCCAGAGGCACACUCGUGCCUACGUCCAUCACCUCCUCGUGACCAAUGAGCUGUUGGCCGGUGUCCUGCUCAUGAUGCACAACUUCCAGCACUACUUCAGUUUCUUCAGUGCCAUACGGGAUGCCUUGAGAGACAAUAAACUGGAUCAGCUGAAAAAAUGUGUCUUCAAGCAGGUGCUUCAGGGCCCAACAAAUGCAAAGCCAGGCCAAUGAGUCCAGAGAGGACAGAGGAGGUUGCAGGCUGCAUGCUUAUGCAGUGGGACUGUGUACUGUGGGCUGCCAGUGGGGUCACCUGGACCUGCUAUUAGUUAAUGCCUUCCUUCCUGGAGGGAUCUGAAGGAGACAUUUGAAGAUCUCCCUUCCUGGCAGGGAAGGAAGAUCUUAUUCAAAUGUCCCUUUCAGUUAAAUCAACUUUGGUGCAUUCUUGGGGUUUGGAAGAACCUGAACAGCUCACAAGACCAGUUUGGAUAGCUUUGUUUUCAGUUACUCACCGUUGAUCUUCCACGUGGAAGGACAGAAUUAUUGAACUUGUGAUCGAAGAAGCAGGCUCUGAAAUUAAUGCAGCUGUUUGGGACAUACCCAACGGAUUAUGACAGGUAAUUAUUUUUCUAGAAAAUCCUGGUGGUGUGGUUGUCCCAUCAUGCAGCUCCUUGAUGAGAGAUCCCGCCUCAGUGUAACGCGCUGUUAACUUGUGACCAUUGCCAGCAUCUCUGUCCCUGAAAAGAACUGAUUGGAAGUGCUGCUGGGUUCAGUGGCACGAGGGGCUGUAUGUGUACUUCUCCCUCAGGCUGCUUGCAGUGCAAAACGUCCUCUGGGCCAGGAGGAGGCCCUCCACCUGAAAACCCCUGCCUUGGGAGUCCCCGCCUGGGACGUUAAUCCAUGUCCUGCUGUAGAAGGUCUUUUUUUGACUCUACCCUUUCACCUGUGUGGACUAAUAUUUCACUCCAGCACAUCACAUGUGGAUGAUAUGUAUGUACCAUUGAAUGAAUGUACCAUUCUUUCCAGCUGUCCCAGUGCUGCUCAGAGAGCAGGCUUCACAAUGUCAGGGUGAGACAGGGCUGCGGAAGAGACACAUCACAGGAAAAGGUGUUUAGCAAAGGCUGGUGGCUCCUUGUUUUAAAAUAUGACUUGGUUAUGUCACAUUCCUUUUAUUCAGUUUUUUUUAACACCCUGCAUUUUGGAAUCCUGGAUCUAUUUGUUUUAUGUUACAAAGCAAUAAUUAAAAAAAAUUUUGUUAUUCA